GUUCAUUCGGGGAGUGUAUCGACUCAGGUAGCAGAUCCUGCAAGCUAGAGAACAAAUCACUUAAUCAUUGAUCCUGGAAGCUUUUAAAACAAGAAGAGGACUGUUUUACUCAGCUGCAAACUUGGGAAUAAAACUACCACUCAGUCCCUUUACGAGAGCACAUGCACGUUAAACAGUCUACGCUGCACGGAGAGAGAUGAUGAUGAGACAUAUGCACAGAGAGACAUGAUAAGUCCUCUCCUCUCCUUCAGCCUCCAAGAUAGAUUCUCUCAGGAGUAAGGUUGAACGGCUGAAGUUGCCGUUGACUCUGUCAUCCAUAUCCAUCUCAGAGUGCAAGACUCAGCUGGGCGGAACCACAGAACGCUCCAGGGGUGGAGCUGGGGUUCACAAGCCCCGCCCAUCGGCCCCAGACAUGGACAACGAGUCGCAGUACUCGGGCUAUUCAUACAAGUCUUCCCAUUCACGCAGUUCUCGAAAGCACAGGGACAGGAGAGACAGACAUCGCUCUAAAAGCAGAGACAGCAAUAGCAGAGGAGACAAGUCCGUGACCAUCCAGGCACCUGGAGAACCCCUGCUAGAUGCGGAGUCCACUCGCGGAGAUGACAGGGAUGAUAACUGGGGCGAGACCACCACCGUCGUCACCGGUACUUCUGAGCACAGCAUCUCAAAUGAGGACCUCACCCGGGCUUCUAAAGAACUCGAGGAUUCCUCGCCCUUGGAGUGCCGUCGUUUUGCUGGGCCCAUCCUGAGUGGCAUUUUGGGUCUCUUUGCCCUUCUGACGCCCAUCGCCUUCCUCCUGCUGCCUCAGCUGUUGUGGCGCGAUUCGCUAGAGCCCUGCGGGACCCCGUGUGAGGGCCUUUAUGUCUCCCUCGCCUUCAAACUCCUCGUCCUCCUGAUCUCCUCCUGGGCUCUGUUCCUCCGCCCCUCUCGUGCCACGCUCCCGCGCUUCUUUGUGUUCCGCUGCCUCCUGAUGGCGCUGGUGUUUCUUUUUGUGGCGUCCUAUUGGCUUUUCUACGGUGUGAGGGUGCUGGAGCCAAGAGAGCGGGAUUACAGGGGCAUUGUGGGAUAUGCGGUGUCGCUGGUGGACGCGCUGUUGUUUAUUCAGUAUUUGGCACUAGUGCUCCUGGAAGUGAGGCACCUCAGGCCGGCCUUUUGCCUCAAAGUGGUGCGCACCACGGAUGGCACAAGCCGCUUCUACAAUGUGGGCCACCUUAGUAUCCAGCGGGCAGCAGUGUGGGUCCUCGAUCACUACUACACUGAUUUCCCCGUUUUCAACCCUGCUUUACUCAACCUACCCAAGUCUAUCCUCUCUAAAAAGAUGUCUGGAUUCAAGGUUUACUCACUAGGAGAAGAGAACAGCACCAAUAACUCGACUGGUCAGUCUCGUGCAAUGAUCGCUGCCACUGCACGCAGAAGAGACAGCUCUUAUAAUGAGUACUACUAUGAAGAGGCAGAGAUGGACCGCAGAAUUCGAAAGCGCAAGGCCAGACUGGUGGUGGCAGUAGAGGAGGCAUUCACUCAUAUCAAAAGGCUUCAAGAUGAUGAGGUGGCAACAUCACCCAAGCACCCUCGUGAGGUGAUGGACCCUCGGGAGGCGGCACAAGCCAUUUUUGCCCCCAUGGCACGAGCAAUGCAGAAAUACCUGCGUACGACACGACAGCAGCCUUACCACAGUAUGGAGAGCAUCAUCGCUCAUCUGCAGUUCUGCAUUACUCACAACAUGACACCCAAGGCUUUUCUCGAGCGGUACCUCACCCCGGGCCCUACUAUGCAGUACCAGCGAGAGAAUGGUAGAGGGCGCCAGUGGACUCUGGUGAGCGAGGAGCCCGUGACGUCAGCACUGCAUCAGGGACUGGUUUUCUCCCUCCGUCGUCUUGAUUUCGCUCUGGUCGUCACAGUGACGCCCCUUCCUUUCCUCAACCUGGGGGAGGAGUUUAUCGAUCCCAAGAGCCACAAGUUCGUGAUGCGGCUUCAGUCGGAAACCUCUGUUUGAAGAAAAAACAAAUGUGAGGAGAAUGAUAGCAAGAGGAAAUGCAAAAUACUCGAGCAAAGAAGGGACUGAGACCGAUCCAUAAUAAGGGCAGGAAAGAACAAUAGAAAGACAGGGGGAGAGAACCACUCUUUUACUUUUAGAUUUCACUCACGUCUUUUUAAACAACUUUUUUACUUCACAUGAACUGCCUUCCAUCUAUGAGACCAUCUCGUCGAGAUGGCUCGAGACUAACUCUUAUGCAUCUCAGCUGUGAAUAACUUUUUACAUUUAUCAAAUACAAUGUCACAUAUCAGCCCUUACUGGUGCUGAGGGGUUACCUUACAAUACAAACAAUUUACAAACAAUUCUAGGCACCAUAACAUGGCUGCCUUCAACAAAUGUACAACCGUAUUACUAUUGUUUUGAAACCCCUGCAUUUCUCACCAGCUGUCCUAAAAAGGGCCACAAACACUACACAUAAAUCUCUAAAAGUUGUAACUGAUUACUAGAGAACAAUCAAGUGCUUUACUGUGUUUCUUUCCUGGGCAUCCAGGUUAUAAGAGCUUAUGAGAUGCAUGUUUGUAACUCUCCUAUUGCCCUUAAGUUUUGUAUCUGUUGUGAAUGUUUUAAGACUUUGUAUGUAUCUUGUUUGCAGUACUUGUCUUUAUUCCAAUGAUUCAAGGGGCCUUUUUCAUCAUUUACAUUUUGUAGCAAAUCGUUUCUGCAUACCAGCAAUGAUGUUGUCCUUAGAAUGCAAUUUUCUUCAAAAGGUGGCAUAUGUGUUUAGGAUAAAGUGUAAGUCUGUCACAUAUGACCGAUCAAAAGUAACCUUUACAGAAAAGCAAAAACAGUCAAGUAUGUUAUGAAUGUGUGCCAAAAUGUUAUAACUCUGAAGCCUUUUUCAUGUUGUGAAUGCAUACAGAGCUGAUUUGAGUAGUUGGUCGUAUUUGAAUCAGCCUCAGAUUUUUAGGUGAUUUAACUAAGUCCUCCCAUCAUGUCUGCUCCACAGAGUUCACUCUUUCUCCUGUUGAUGACAUCUUUGAGUUAUUGUACUUUAUAUACCCCUCACAUUUGUGUACAAAACCUUUUAUACAUACAUGUAUGCAGGAAUCUGAAAUGUUGUUAGUUGAGUUAUGGUUUUCAUAACUUGCAGUUUCAUUUUUAGGCCUGAUGCGUGCACAUAGGUGAUGCAGUUUUGUAAUUUUUUUUUUUUACAUUUUUUUUAAAUAAAAGUUAAGCUAAUCUUUUGAACUUUUUUCCCUUAAAAAUAUGGCUUGUUGUAAAGAGAUUUGUAGAUUUUGGUUGUUGUGUGAAAACCUUCUUGGCAUUUCAUCAUUUUAGAACUGAAAUUUUGCAGCUUUUUUAAAUAAAUGAUCGACUUACGA